AUGUUCAAACUGUCAGCAUGUACUAUACACGGCUCAAGACAAUUUGGGAAGAACUUUCCAAUUAUAGAUCAACAUGUACCUGCAACGACUGUACAUGUGGAGGGGUUAAAAAAGCUCCAAGAACACUAUUACAUGGAAUAUAUCAUGUCAUUUCUUAUGGGGCUCAAAGAUACCUACUCACAAGUACGUGGCAACAUAUUGCUUAUGGACCCCUUAGUAGAACUCAGUAUAGUUUUUCAUCUUGUGACUCAAGAAGAAAAUCAGAGAGGUCUUUCCACUGCUGCUUAUCCUACACCGCCAAUGGCCUUUUCCCUUCAAGGAGACAAAUCCUCUUCUCAAAGAUUAGAUUCUACCUCAUCCAAGACUUAUCCUCCUCGCAAAAAUAGGCCAUUUUGUACUCAUUGUACUGUCCUUGGACAUACAAUUGAGAAAUGCUAUAAACUCCAUGGUUAUCCACCCGGAUACAACAAACCAAAACAACCCAAAGAAGCUGCUGCAAAUCAAUUCCAGACCAAUGUUGAUACUCCAAAACAAGAAAAUGACAACAACACACUUCUUCCUCAGUUGACAAACACUCAAUAUCAGCAGCUGCUCAAUCUUUUGGCUAAUCAACAAUCUGGUAUGCCUACUUCGGAUCCUAGUUCUUCCACAGAACAAUGCCAACAAGAAGAUGAUUGGCAGCGGUAGCUCCAAGAAUGGAUCGUACCUACUGGACACUGCAUCUUGUCACUCUCAUGUUCUUGCUGCUUCAGCAGAAACUUGGCACUCACGAUUAGGACAUUUAUCCACUAAGUAUUUGAAUUUUCUCAAAAUAAAUUUACACUGUAACACUUCUCUCUUACAUAAGACGUCUCCAUGUUAUAUCUGUCCUAUGGCCAAACAAAAGAAAUUGCUUUUU